AUGACAGUCCCGGCACCGGACACCAAGCGUGCUGUACGGCAGCGCGGCGGGGUCAAAAAGGCUUGCACUCCGGCGGCCCCGUUCAUUGUCAUUGCCUGGCCUGACAGCACGCACAGUGCAAAGUGUGUGUGCUUUGUCUUCAGGACUGAGGCUGCAGUGAAGUUACGAGAUGCAACACAGGGACAACUCCUCCUGACUGUUUCGGUCAAAGCCAAAGCAAGCCGCUGUUUGGAAGAUGUUUCCGAAGAUCGCUGCCCGCAGUGGCUCCCAGAAUGGGUCGGAGCAGGAUGCGCCCUCUCAACCGAACCCAGGCAAGGAGCCCGAGAGCACCUUCCAACAGCCUCCGUUAGCAGCAAGCACCUUGGGCCACUGUCCCGCUUCCUGCACUUUUCUUACUUCCCCACACUCAAGGCAGGCUUUCACCUCAGUGGCCGGAGGUGUCCACUUCGGUCUGGCUCAAGCACGAAAUUUCUUGAGAUGCCUGGCACCACAGAAGAAUUGGAAGCGAGUAACGAGGCCCCCCUAGCCGGGGAGGGUAGCUCAGACAAGAUUAGCCUGGAGCGAGAGCAACCCACAGAAGAGGACCUCUUGUUGGCUGCUGCCUAUGUGUACGAUGCCCAAUACAAUAGAAACAUUCCAUUUGAAACCUCACCUCAAUCUAUCAGAUUUUACUAUCUUUAUAGCCACUGGGCUAUGCAAGUUGCCACCUACUUCUUUAUUUUUCUAAAUCUUUCUCUUGCUCUAUUUGAGGAGCCUGCUGUGUACCCACUCCCUUUCCUGGCUACCUCACUCACUGAAGUUCUUUGCCUUUGUGUGUUUUUCGGGCGGCUUGUACAAUUUGCAAAAGUCACUCCACGUACAGUUUUUUGGAAGGAUACGAAAAACAUCUGUAUCAUGCUAACCAUACUGCUGACCUUAUUAGAUCUGAUUAUCUAUGGAUCCCUUAGAGUCUUUAACAUCCACAGUGUUCGAUGGUCAAGAUUCCUGAGACCUCUCUUCUUAAUCAACUUUCCUGAAAGUCGUCAGAUUCGAAGAGCCUUCCGAAGUAUCCGGAACACUUUGCCUGAGGUUCUCUAUGUAUUUCUCUUGCUCAUGUUCAAUGUGUUGAUGUUCUCCCUUAUGGCCUUGAAAUUGUUUGGUGAUAGGAAUCUUAAAACAGUAGAAGGAUCAUCCUAUUUUACAAAUAUCCUAGAUAUAAUGUUUGAUCUCUAUGUGCUGGUGACCACCGCUAACAGCCCUGAUGUCAUGAUGCCUGCUUACGACUUAGAUUGGCGAUAUUCUCUCUUUUUCAUAACCUAUAUUGUCAUCAAUACCUACAUCUUCAUGUCUGUCUUUCUAGCUGUUGUGUACAACAACUACAGAAAGCAUAUAAAGAACGAGAUUCGCAAACUGGCUUACAUGAAACGUCACAAAAUGAUAAAGGCUUUCAACAUUCUGAAGGCCAAGGAGGGCACGGAGUUCGUUGUGAAGGAAGUCCAGUGGAAGCGGUUAGUUAAGAUAGUGGCACCUGAUAUCAGCAAUUCCCACCGGGAGCUCCUUUUGAGGAUAUCCGAUGAGGAGCAGAAGGGGUAUGUGGACAAAAAGUGCUUUUUGAGAUUAGCUGAUCUGUUGAACAUUCAAGUCAUUACUAUAAAGUUUAAAAGACAUCCCCUGGAGAUGUGGAUGCCCCAUGUGUAUAAGUCUUCAGGAAGUCUUUUUAUACAAAAGGUAGUUCAACACAGGGUGUUUGUCUGGAUUUAUGAUGUAAUUAUCGUAAUAAAUGCUGUAUUCAUUGCCUUGGAUGAGAAAAAUCCAUUCAUUUCCUAUGCAGAAUGGGUUUUCCUUUCUCUAUAUAUUAUUGAAAUACUCCUGAAGUUGUACACCUAUGAACCUAAGACAUUUUUUGCAAGGAAUCAAUUCUGGAACUGGUUUGAUAGUUUAAUCAUCAUUGCAGCCUUGAUGGCCACAGCAGCCAACGCUGCAAUUAAGUCAGCCGUUGAAUAUAACAGUCAACAGAUCCUGGAUAUUGUCUUUAUAUUGAGACUUCUCCGGCUCAUAAGGAUUGUUGACAGCAUUCAGAGAUUCCGGGUCAUAAUGACAACCUUAAUUAAUAUCAUCCCCACGAUGCUGACAUUUGGUGGACUUGUUUUGGUGGUGUACUAUAUGUUUGCUAUCAUUGGAAUGGAAUUAUUCCAAGACAAAAUCCAAUUCUUCUCUGAGAGUUCCACAGAUCCUCAUGCUGUGGACUGUGGGAACCCAGCCUUGAAAGAUUCAACAUUUGCACGAAGCAGAUACUGUAAGAAUAAUUUCAAUGACCUCGCCUCUUCAUUCAUCGUACUGAUGGAGCUCACCGUGGUAAAUCAGUGGCAUGUCAUUGCUGAUGGUUUUGCCCUUGUAACUCAUCAGGCUGCAAAGCUAUUCUUUAUUGCUUUCCAUAUUGUGGUCGUCAUCCUCAUUGUUAAUAUUUUUGUAGCAUUCAUUCUGGAGGCCUUCUUUGUGGAGUAUUCAUUAGAAAAAAGUGAAAUAGAAACUACUAUUGAGAAGAAAAUUCAAGAGCUGGGGAUGGGAAUUCAAGAGGAGAAUGUCUCUGAUGGACAACUGAUAGACAACAUGGAAACAAAUGAAAACAAUCUUAGCGGUGGAGGUGAAAUGCAAAGGCAAAGCUCAAAAGGAUUGUUCUUCCGAAUUGCUUCAAAAAGGUACAGGACAGUCGAUGCAUUAUUACAACGGAUGUUUGAAUCUGAAAUCUCUCCUGAAGAUGAAGGACCUUCCUUGGAUGAGAUUUUGAACCUUUCACCCAGCGAUAUGUAUCCAAAGAAUCCAACCUUUGAAAAUUCUGCAUAG